CGGCACCCGGUCUUUUGCCAGGCAUCCCUCUGUUGCCUUGACUUCGGCUGGCGCUGUGGGAGUGGAGAAGCCGCAAGAGCUGAGGCGCGGUGGAGGAAGGCAUGGGAGGCAAGAGCAUGAGGAGCUGGUGUCUGUGUCAGAUUUGUACCUGCGGGCGACAUCAUUGUCCACAUGGAAUCACAAGGAUUUAUGAAAAUUCUGGGGUAUUUUGCCCCACAACUGAGUAUUUGGAAAAAUAUCCUAUGUAUGACAAUGUUCUUCCAGCUCAGAGUCUUAAACCCAAGCAAGAAAUUCGAGCAUGCCGUGGUAAAAUGGAAGGAAUAACUACAUUUAAGUUGGAUUAUCAUCCUUAUGAAAUAGUUAAACAGCCUCACCAUGUGCCAGAAGAAUAUAAACCAAAACAAGGGAAGAUUGAUCUUGGUACUACCUACAAACGGGAUUUUAAUUCGUACAAAGUGCGGCCUGUGACAAUAGUCCGGCCUUUGGAGAGACAACAAGUUAAAAAAGGGAAGUUGGACACUGUCCCAACUUAUAAAGGUAACUUGCCAUUUCAUAAAUGAAGGAGCCAAAAAACUAAAAUUCACUUCCAGCUUUAACAUCUAAUAUCAAAUUAUAACUUUGGUGCGCUGCCAAACUUAGACUCCAUGGCCUAGGAAAGAACAUUUCUCUCUUUGGCAGAAUAGUAUUGUAUAGUAACAGAAGAAAAUAGACCAUUUGUCUGAUUGAGAGGUAAAAGACCCACAUUCCCAUCCAAAUUCAUCUACUUUAUUAGUUUUCGCUGUCUCAAAAUGUGAAAAACAAAGGAUGCCAUUAAACAAGCAUUAUGUCACAUUUGUCACUUCGUGUCACAUUUAGUUGGCAUUGUUCUUUUCUUCCCAUCCUAGAAAAAGUUGAAAUGCUUCCGAUAGUAUUGGGAUCUUUGAGGUCAAAUAAAUAGCAAUGCUCUUCUCCUUUCAAGUCCUGAACCAACCUAUAAAGCAGAAGAGUUAUCAGAUAGAGAAGCAAAAUAUUACUUUUACACUGAUAAAGGACAAAAUAGAGAAUAAAGCUUUCAUCUGUAAGCAGGCGAUUCCUGAUACUGAACCUCAGAAUUAGAUAGGCUUAUCUACCCCGUGAUAGUGCCAAAUGGGGUCCUGCUCCUCUAAGAAUUCUGGCAUGGUGGAAGGGUGUGAAUACUUUCUCUUUACAGGCAACUGAUUUAGAGGAGUACGAGUUGAGCCAUGUGUGUUUUUCUUUCCAGAAACCUGUUUUUUUGUUGUGGUUGUUUUUGGGUUUUUUUGAGACAGAGUCUUGUUCUGUCGCCCAGGCU